UAAUGAGGCUGAUUUCUAUUCGGCCAAUCAUAGUGAAACCCUAUAUGAGAGCUCUUCUCUCCAUGGAUUAGUCCCGUUUAUUAUGGAUACCACGUAAAUCUCUGUCUUCUUUACUUCUGCAAUUCCUAUAUUUUACAUUGUAUCAGAGCUGUGAACAACCGAUCUACUAUAAUCAUGGCGACAGGGGAAUCUACCAUGAGCAGCACCAGUGACAUUGUCACCAACGCCGACUCAGCUAUUCUGCUUACUUCUCCUCUGUACUUACACCCUUAUGAGAAUCUCGCACAGCUGUUUUGGAGUGAUCUUCUGACUGAUCUCAAUUACGGUGAAUGGAUCAACGAUAUGACAAAGACCUUGAUUUCCAAGAACAAGAUGGCUUUCGUUGAUAGCUCCUUGGCGCGUUCCGCGGCUGGUACAGGGGUGCGCGCCGACGCUUGGGAUCGUUGCGAUGGUCAAAGGUUGGCUCAAGACUGGUAUGAACAAAGAGGUGCGCAACAGCAUGCGUGGGGUUGAUAACACUAUAUUUGAACAUGAUUUUCCAUAAUUUCUUGAUCAUUUGAGCUUGCAUUCUCGUUAUCGUGGCCCAUUUUACGCUAGGUUGUGUUGGUUUAUGAUGUUUCAGGUCCUAGUACGUGAUCGGAGGCAAAAUAACGAGUUUUGAGAAGAUUUGGGGCAGAAAUCUAGGAAGAGUUACGAGCUAGACUUGGGAGUUAUGGUUGCAACCAAAACUUGUCCCAAGUGCCCGUAACUUCUCAGAGGAGAAGGCACAAGGUUUCAGCGGUUCUUUCAAAUCACGCGCCGACCUUCUCAGUUACGGUUUGGACCGUAACUCAACCCUUGUACCCGUAACUCUUGCGAAGCGAUGGCACCAAGAUCCAGGAGCUGCUUUAGAGUUACGGGCUUCCAUUCCAAGUUACGGUUGCGAUCGUAACUUCUCCAACGAUGUCGUAACUCUUGGUUUAUGGAGCGUCGCGACGACAACGUUUUAAGGAGGAGUUACGGGCAAAGAGAGCGAGUUAUAGUCGUAACUCGGGCCGUAACUCGCAAUUCUUCAGCGUAUAAAACAACAGCUUGGGA